ACUCCCGGCACCCUAUGCAAAUUGCCAGCUCACACUUGAUUUUGAUGAUGGCAACAAGAAGCAGUGCUCUGCACCCUGAGAUGGCCUUCUACAACUAUCACAUCCUGGAAUUACUGCAGGUGCUGGUGACAGGCGGUAUCAGCUCUCAGAUGGAACACCAUUUGGUAGAGCAGAAUCCCUGUGGAAUGCACGAGAACUAUAGUACAGUCUCUUCUGGGAGGACACAGUGUAAACUGGGACUUCUGUCUUUAGACAGUUCCAUUUUAUCAGACAUUCAGCCAAGAAUAACCUUUGAACAACUGUUCUGCGGCUCAUUAGAUACUUAUGGAAUCCUAUGUGUUGGCUUAUACUGUGUGAUGGAUGAAAAAAAAUGUGACUCAGAAAGGUUUGUGAUUACCCGGCCAGCCAAUGAGUGUCGUCUGCUGCCUUCCGAUCUUGUGUUUUGUGCCAUCCCUUUCAACACCUCCUGUUAGAAAAUGGACAGUGUUUCUUCAGCUCAGAUUCCAGAGGAAAUUACAACGGUUGAGUCCUUAGCACCAGAGGAACAUCCAGACAUAAAUCGUCCUUCCAUAAUUAGCACGGUGAUAGAUAAAAUGACUCGGCGUUCCUACUCAGGAGUCCACCCUUCGAAGCCACCCCUUGUUAGUGAUGUUGAACAAUAAAAAGAAAAAUAGUAGUGUGC